CAAAUUUCGCAGCUCCGAUCUGAAAAUCAUCAAUCUUCGCAAACUUCGCCGCUUCAAUUCGUUAUUUCUGUGAAGUGAGAAACUGCGAUCUCCAUUUCCAUUUCCACCUUCAACUCAGUGACUCUGCGAUGCUGGCCCUUUCGAGAGGCCUCGUUUCUCGUCUUCAAUUCUUCGCAACCGAUGCGGCGGCGGUGGCGGCGACACCAUUCCCUGUUCGAUUUAUGAGGGGAUUCAGCUCCGAUGCCGCCGUUGCGGCUGAGACUCGGAUUAUCGAUGCGAAGCCAGGGGUGAUGACCCCAAAUUCCAAACGAACCGGGAUUAUAGCCCUCAAGUGUGGUAUGAGUGCACUCUGGGAUAAAUGGGGCGCUAGAAUUCCAAUAACCGUACUUUGGGUCGAUGAUAAUAUCGUUUCUCAGGUUAAGACUCCUGAGAAGGAAGGAAUCUUUGCCCUCCAGAUUGGUUGUGGGCAGAAGAAGGAGAAGCAUUUGACCAAGCCUGAAGUGGGUCAUUUUCGGGCUCAAGGAGUUCCGAUGAAGAGGAAGCUAAGGGAGUUUCCGGUGACAGAGGAUGCACUUCUUCCUGUUGGUACUUCGCUUAAUGUUCGUCAUUUUGUGCCAGGCCAGUAUGUUGAUAUAACGGGAAUCACAAAAGGAAAAGGUUUUCAGGGUGGAAUGAAGCGGCAUGGAUUUAAGGGAAUGCCUGCAUCCCAUGGUGCAUCAUUAUCACAUCGAAGCAUUGGUUCUACAGGUCAAAGGGACGCUCCUGGAAAGGUGUUUAAAGGUAAAAAGAUGCCUGGACGCAUGGGUGGGGAGCAAAGAACAGUUAAAAAUGUGUGGGUCUACAAAAUUUGUCCAGCAAGGAAUUUGAUGUGGGUGAAAGGCCAGGUUCCAGGAGCUACAGGGAACUUCGUUUUUAUAAAAGAUGCUGUCUAUGAAAAACCGGACAUAUCUAUACUUCCAUUCCCAACUUUCUUUGCCCCGGAAGAUGAAGAUACAGAAAAUUUGAAGCCUUUGGUGGCUGAUCUUGGGGAUGUGGAUCCAUUUAUGAUUACAGAUUAAAGAGCGGCAAUUCAGAAACUGCUCUAUUCAUGUUAGGCUCACUUUCUGCAAUCAUGUUGUUUUCUUUGAAUAUAGAUGGGAAACAAAAAGAAAAGAGAAGAGAUUUUGGGGAACCAUCCGAGGAAGAUUCUCACAUGUUUUGAGGCUUUUACUGUAGCUUUAGGUUCAUUCAUCAACUCUAUAAGUUGAGAUUGCAAAUCCUACAAAUAAGUAUGGAAACUUGGAAAUGAUUUUGAAAUUCUAGAAAAUAUUUGAAUAUGCACUAUUAAUCGUGUAAGCAUUACGGGUGAAGUAUUCUACGUUUCACAUGCUAUACAAUCUUCUUUUCGCGGGA